CCGGCCUCCCGACAGGCUCUGCGCGCUUUACGCGCCAGCUUUGGCCACAGCCAGCGAGCGACGGAAUCGCUGUGGACGAUGGAGAGCAGCGACGAGGACGCCGUCGAGGAGCGCCGCGUCCAGUUGCGCCCCGUUACGCUGCACCUUCUGCCCUGCGAUGUCCCGGUGAACCGGCCCGCCCCCGUGGGGCGCUUUUUCACUCCGGCCAUCCGCCAGAGUCCCGACGGACUGGAAGUGUCCUUUCGGGGCCGCAGUCUGCGCGGCGAGGAGAUGGUGGUGCCGCCCGGCCUGGUGGGAUACGUGAUGGUGACAGAAGAGAAGGGAGAGGACCGCUUUAUCCAAGCCACAUCCAGCUUCAGCAGUUUCACCCUUUGGGGCCUGGAAACCAUCCCUGGUCCGGAUGCCAAAGUGCGUGGGGCCUUAACCUGGCCCAGUCUCGCUGCAGCGAUUCACGCAAAGGUACCGGAGGACUGAGAACAACAGCUUGAAAAUUGAAAACCACCAAUCCCUUCACCCCAGUAAACCUGUUUUUCACUUUGGAGCCCGUGAUUUCAUCGCCUCAAUAAAGGAGCUUUUCAUGGAA